CGGCUCAUGGUCGAGGCGCGGGAGAUGCUCGGGAGCCCGCCGCCGGGCUUGUACGCGUCGCCGGCGGACGAGAAGGACGUCACGAGGUGGAUCUGCACGAUCUGCGGGCCCGCGGGGUCGGCCUACGAGGGCGGCAUGUUCCGCCUCUCCGCCGACUUCCCGCCGGACUACCCGCUGAACCCGCCGCGCGUCGCGUUCCUCACGGCGCUCUUCCACCCGAACGUCGACGCGCGGUCGGGCCGCGUCUGCGUCGACUUGCUCGAGCCGGACCACUGGACGCCCGCGGCGUCGAUCCGCGUGCUGCUGCUGAGCCUCCAGAGCCUCCUCUGCGACCCG